CAUUUAUCUGCAAAAAAAAUUUUUAUAUAAGCACACAGGAUAUGACUGCUCGUGAGUGCGGUCACAGCGGUGUAGUUAGCGUUCAGCUUUUUAAAGUAUUAGUACACAGUGGUGCAGUCCACACACCAGCAACUUGCACGAUUUGACUCUAAAAAAUCGAAAAUGUGCAAGAGGAACAGCACAGGAAGUGAUUCUGUGAGGACCAGAAGAUACAAAAAAGUUACAGUGUAUUUGGUGCUGCAGAGUGUUCUUCUGUUGGAGGCGAUUGUUUUGCUGUUUACUGAACAUAGAACUAAGACUCACCAGUAUGAAAACGGCAAAGAAACGUUAACUAAACAAAGGAAUCAGCUACGUGCCAAUAUUGAAAAUUUGCUACAAAAUAAGAACGUAUUAAAGGAUUUCAAUAACAAAACCAAUAAACAACAUCAACAGUUAACUGAGGAGAAAAAUCUACUGUCAAAACAUCUUCGUGAAAUGGAUGGAUGGAGGUGCCAUGAAUCCAGUUUAUACUACAUUUCCUCUACGACGAAGAGCUGGACUGACAGCAAACAAGACUGUUUGAAUAGAGGAGCCAAUCUGACUAUUAUAAACAGCAAAGAUGAACAAGAUUUUUUUUAUAAUGAUGGUGAAGUUUGGAUCGGUCUGACUAAAGUGGAGGGCACAUGGAAAUGGGUUGAUGGCAGCACACUGACCUCUGGUUUCAGCUCCUGGAAGCCUGGAGAGCCAAAUGGACGGGGAGGAGAGAACUGUGCUGCGACUGCUUCAUCAGAGUGGCGUGAUUAUUCAUGCUAUGAAGCUUUACAGUGGAUAUGUGAGAGAAAAUGAUCAGUUUGUGAUCAGAUCAGAAAAGUACAAUCUGUAAUGUAAUCGCUAAUAGUUAACAGUUAAAAAUGUAAAAAGUAAAGCUUUUUUUGCUAAUGUUUCUUCUACAAGUCCUACUGUAAUAAAUCAUCUUCAUUAA